AUCAACAGCCGCCAUCUUGUCGCGGAUGAGCGUCAGGAUUUCGGGAGAGCAUUAUAUCAUUUUUUACGCGCCCGGCUCCACCGGAACCGGCCCAAAUAGCUUCCCCGCGACGGAAACGACAAGCUUCGGGCCGAAUCGCGGAUCUUUGUGGCGAAUAUCAGCGUAAUGGAGCCGUUUUUGUGGUCGGCUGGAAAACCCCCGUAUAUCUGAUUUCCCCCUUCAGCGCGAGCGGCGCUCCUGUGCCACUCGCCUAUAUUAAAAUAGAAAUAUUUGUUCUCAUUUUUCAUUUAUAUUUCUAGACUUUACUGAUUAUUCGAUUGGGGCUGGACAUGGAGCGCGAAGGUCUUCAUUUUUAUUCGCAGAAAUUGAACAGACCCACGCGAGCCGCUUGAAGCAAUCGGGACUUGAUGAUUUUUCUCCCUCGUCGUUUGUUUGUCGGUUUUAACGAUGAUAUAAUUUAUUUCCGUGGGGUUUGGGGUGAUCAUUAAGGUUAAUUAUGCGGGUUUUGGGUGUUGGAUUAUCAUGGGGUGAAUGGCGGUGGCGGAGCGGGGCGCUGUUGAGUCGCGUUUGAGCCCCAUCUGUUAAUUAUUGGCCCCUGCUCGCUGAAUAAUAAUAGAGAAACCCGAGGGUUGAUUUGAUUUAUUUCGCUUUGUCCCCCCUUCCGGGCUCUCGGAAGACGCAUUUGUUGUUUUGUCGUGUUUUUUUGUGAGGCGAGAGAGCACGAUGGCUGAUAAUCUGCUGGAUAUGGGUCCCUCCAGCGCAAAGCGGCCCAAACUGAACUCACCUGCGCUGUCCUCCUCCGACACCCCAGACUUUGUGUCCUUGUUCGACUUGGAGAAUGAUCUUCCAGAUGAGUUGAUACCCAACGGAGACCUGGGGCUGAUGUCCAUGCCCUCUAAUGGAGACGGAGGGGUGGGGAGCCGGAUGGGGGGCACCGUCUCAGACGCUGCUGCCAAGCACAGGCAGCUGUCCCAGCUCCUGCAGGCAGGGAGCGGCUCUGGUCUGGCUGGAAACCUCAGCCCUCAGUCUGGAAUGGGUGGCCAACUGGGUGCCUUGGGGAAGAGUUCCAUGGGCCAGGGCUCACCCGGUCACCAGACCCAACCUCCGAAGCCGGUCGGCAACCCUUCCGGUCAGGGCAACAACAGUCCGGGCAUGGGCCUCAAUGCAGGUUUCAACCCGGCCAUGCUGAACAAUAACAACCAGGCUCAUGGACUUAUGGGGCAGAACAUGGCUCCGCAGGGGCAGAUGAUGAAUGGCGUGAUGGGGCCGGCCGGAAGAGGCAGGGCAGCUCCGGGUAUGCAGUACCAGGGUCAGGCCAUGCAGGGAGCACCGGGCACCGGGCAAGGGGUCAGCGUUUCUGGCAGUGUGUUGGCGGAGACGCUUACCCAGGGUGCGCCACAGAUGGGGGCACACAAUACCAUCAAUCCCCAGCAAGCUGGAAACAUGAACAAGGGGAGCUUCAAAGGUUUCUACGUGGUUUUGCAGCAUUGA